AUAAUAAGCGUUGAAAGUAACAGUUUAAGAUCGAAGCAUUAACCAUGAGCGAAGAUAAAGUAGGUUCAUUAGUGGAAGAAGCUUUAAAACGUAAAGAACGUUUGCAAGCACUUAAAAAAAAGAAUGAAGAAGCCAAGGAUAUCAAUGCAGAUUCUCCCAGCAAAUUACCAAUGCCAAAAUUUCGUAGUUAUAAGCCACAAGAUGAAAGUCUUAAGGAAAAAGUGUUAGAAGAUGCAAAACCAGGCGAUGUUGAAUCCGAAGUUCAAGAUCAGUUGAGUGCUGCAAAAAGUAAAGUGGUUAUCGAAGAACUUGAUAUAAGUAAUUUGGCUCCACGGAAGCCAGAUUGGGAUUUAAAGAGAGAUGUUUCUAAGAAAUUGGAAAAAUUAGAAAGAAGAACUCAAAAGGCAAUUGCUGAAUUAAUCAGAGAACGUCUUAAACAAGACCAACACAAUUUAGCUACAAUGGUAAAUAUGAUAGGAAAAGAGGAAACAAAUGAUAGAACUUGACAGUAAUAUAUGUUAGUUAUUUUCUUUUUAUAUUAGUAUUUUUCUUUUUAAAAAAAUUAUUCCAUGAAUAAGUAAAUGAUAAACCGUUAAUGUGUUUGCUAUCCCUAUACAAUUUUUAUACAAGAGUAAAUAAUGGACUAUAUAAUUUCUUAAUUAUGAUUAACUUUAUUAUUACUAUUAUAUUAGAUAUUUGUUAAUUGUAAGAUGUAUAGAAAAUUAGGAUACGACAAAUACAUGUAGAGAUAUAAAAAAAUAAGUCGUUUUAAGAUGAACUUACGGUAUAAGAGUUUAUUACAUAAAUACUUACACAUUUACAGCAUUAUCGUUGUAUUUAAAUCAUGAGGAUAUGUAAUACUAUCAAUUAAAAAGAAGCAAUUUUAUUUUAUUUUAUAAAUGUAAUUGCCGCAAAAUAUGGAUGCUGUGUAUAAAAAUGAUGAAAACAUAAAAGCAUACAUAUCGCGUGCACAAUUGAUUGCAUAGAUAAACGUUUAAGUUAUAAAAAAAAUAUGUAUAUAUAUAUACCGUCAGAAUUAUUAGAACAAAUAUCAAAAAUCACACAUUGCAUUUCAAUGACAACGAGAGAUAAUCAUCCGAAUAAAAUAAUUUAUAUAAUUAUAAUUCUAUAAAAUAAUCUUCUCUGUAAAACCGAAGAAGUGCGAUUAUUAUACGCUUGACUAGACAUAUAUAUUUGUUUAUCUUUAGAUAGUUACUAAAACUGUUGAAACAACAAAGAGAAUCGACAUAGUAGCGCUGUUACGUAUCGAAAGUGCACCGUUGUAUUUAUCUCCUGCAUCUUCAUUGUUGUUUAAAUUAUUUUCUAGUGGUACAUCGUUGUCUAUGUUAAAAACGUUAUGAUAAACCAAUCGAUCGGAUAAAGGUUGUACCGGUCGGAAAUUAUGCGUUAGUUUGUUACCAUCGGAUGUACGAAGGUUACGAAACGCAGCCAACUGAAAUUUAAAUUUCAUUUUUAUACUAAUACCCUUGUACCGUUAAGAGUAUAUAAUCCUUCAAGAGUAUAAGAAUAAGUAAAGAAAAGAGAACCAAUAAUAACUAUGAAAAGAAUUCAA